AUGACAAAAUUUGUUGAUAUUUGUUUCUUUUUACAUGUGUUUCACAGGAUGAUUGAAUACUCACUGGACCUUCAGAACAUCAACUUCACUGCUAUCAGAACAGUGAGAGUGCUGCGGCCUCUCAAAGCAAUUAACAGGGUGCCAAGCAUGCGUAUCCUGGUCAACCUGCUGCUUGACACUCUGCCAAUGCUUGGUAAUGUCCUCCUCCUCUGCUUCUUCGUCUUCUUCAUCUUCGGCAUCAUUGGGGUGCAGCUGUGGGCAGGACUGCUGAGGAACCGUUGCUACCCAGAGGAGAACUUCACGCUCAUGACAGGCAUCAGCCUUCCUCGUCCGUACUAUAUGGCAGAUGAGGAUGACGAGCGGCCUUUCAUUUGCUCCUUACCUGUUGACAACGGAAUCAUGUCCUGCUCGGAUGUCCCGGCCCGCCGCGAAGGCGGCAGGGCAUGCUGCCUGGAUAAAGAGGAUGUCCUGUACCGCCACUCUCUCGGUCUGAGUCCUGAACCUCUGAAUAAUGGCAGCGUCAGUGUAGCAGGGUUGUGUGUUAACUGGAACCAGUACUACACAAGAUGCCAUACCGGAGUCAGCAACCCGCACAAAGGUGCCAUCAACUUUGAUAACAUUGCCUAUGCCUGGAUAGUCAUCUUUCAGGUGAUAACCCUUGAGGGUUGGGUGGAGAUAAUGUACUAUGUGAUGGAUGCUCAUUCCUUCUACAACUUCAUCUACUUCAUUCUGCUCAUCAUAGUUGGUUCCUUUUUUAUGAUUAACCUGUGCCUCGUGGUCAUCGCCACACAGUUCUCAGAGACCAAACAGCGGGAGCACCAGCUGAUGCAGGAGCAGCGAGCCCAGUGCUCUUCCUCCUCCACGCUGGCCAGUGAGCCGGGGGACUGCUACGAGGAGCUCUUCCAGCUGAUGUGUCACUUUCUCCGCAAAGCCAGGAGGCAAACUGUAGCGCUCUUCAACACCCUAAGAGGGAAACCUCGUGGCUUCCGUGGUGUCGGUAGAGGUAGAGCGAGAGGGGAAAGAAGACAGAGGAAGGCCAAUGGGCGAGAAGGACGUGACAGGAGGGCGGUGUUGAGACAUGGUUCUCCGUGUCCUCGUCAUAAUAGACCAGACCGGGCCUCAGCAGCUGAGCCCGUGGCCCUGACCGCUGCCUCUGCCACAGAUGGCUGCCCUCAGUGCGCCACGGCGCUGACCCUCAAAGAUGGGAUGGGGGCAGCUCGCAGCGUAGCUGGUGACGAAGCGGAAGAAGGAGCCUUGCAAGAAGCAGACAGGGAGGACGAUCAAGCCGGGGAUCAGGACAAGGACAAGAAAGGCCAUAAAGGUGCAGGGAAGUCCGCGGGCUGCAGCCCCAAGAAGUGCUGCGAGGACUUUUGGUACGAGCUGAGGAUGAAGCUGUGGAGCAUCGUAGAGAGCAAGUACUUUAACCGAGGCAUUAUGAUCGCCAUCCUUAUCAACACCAUCAGCAUGGGCAUCGAGCACCAUGAGCAGCCUGAGGAGCUCACUAACGUUCUGGAGAUUUGCAACAUUGUCUUCACCAGCAUGUUCUCCUUGGAGAUGAUCCUCAAGCUCACAGCUUUCGGCUCCUUCAACUACCUGAGAAACCCCUAUAAUGUUUUUGAUGGAGUCAUAGUCAUUAUAAGUGUUUGUGAGAUUGUUGGCCAGUCGGACGGCGGUUUGUCUGUUCUGAGGACAUUCAGGCUGCUCAGGGUGCUGAAGCUGGUGAGGUUCAUGCCCGCUCUGAGAAGACAGCUAGUGGUCCUAAUGAAAACAAUGGACAAUGUAGCAACCUUUUGCAUGUUACUCAUGCUCUUCAUCUUCAUCUUCAGUAUUCUUGGGAUGCACAUCUUUGGGUGUAAAUUCAGUCUGAAGACAGAGACUGGAGACACAGUACCUGACCGAAAGAACUUUGACUCUUUAUUGUGGGCAAUCGUCACUGUUUUCCAGAUUCUAACCCAGGAGGAUUGGAAUGUGGUUUUGUACAAUGGCAUGGCAGCUACCUCACCCCUUGCUGCUCUUUAUUUCGUGGCACUUAUGACUUUUGGAAACUACGUCCUCUUCAACCUGUUGGUGGCCAUCUUGGUUGAAGGAUUUCAGGCAGAGGGUGAUGCCAAUCGCUCUUAUUCAGAUGAUGACCAUUCCUCUUCUAAUUUUGAUGAAAGUGAGAAACAUGAAUCCAUAAAGUUAUCUGACCCAAGGAUCUGUACCCUGACACCGAACGGCCACUUGGAGCUGGGGGCCAGAGCAUCGUACUCCUCAGAGAAGCGGAGUUUCACCAAUGACUCUAUAAAGAGCAGCGUGAUGAGUUUGGGCAAGAGCAGCCUGGAGAGACGUUCCCUUUCUCUGCGUCAUGGUCGGAGUUCUAACUACCACAACUGGGGCCGUCCUUUCCAUCCACAGUCUGGAUGGAGUCGCAGGUCCAGCUCGAACAGUCUCGGUCGGAGGAAUUAUGGCUUCGGUGGGGCGCCUCCGGUUGGAGGCAGCCUGCGUGUACGCAGCACCCGCUCCCCCCACUCUUAUAACUACUCUUCAGAGCAAGAGUCUCUUCUCUCUCACUCUCUGCACUCCCACCACCCUCUGGCCCCGCAUCAUGCACCCCCGCAACUGUUCCUUUCUCGACAUUUUGGUGCGAAAAGGGAUCGAAGAGCUCUUUCCCUGGAGCUUCCAGAGCUGUUCCGGGCAGGCGGGCAACCCCCGGGAUUGCCACCUUUCCAGAUUCCAGAUCCCGGAAGGAGGAGUGGAUCUGGGGCCGGGUGCUCCUUAAUAGGAGGUUCUGGUCCUGGUAGCGGUUUGGGAGGGGACCACCGCGACUGUAAUGGGAAGACACCACACACUCACCUGAUCACUGAGGUUUUCCCUCAAGUCAAUGCUCGCAAGGAUAGAACUGACCUCGAUGAGGAAACCGACUAUAGCUUGUGCUUCCGUGUCCAGAAGAUGAUGGAGGUGUACAAGCCAGACUGGUGUGAGAGCAGAGAGGACUGGUCUGUCUAUAUGUUUUCCCCACAGAACAAGUUCAGACUGCUUUGUCAGUCCAUUAUUGCUCAUAAACUCUUUGACUACGUGGUCCUGGUCUUUAUCUUCCUCAACUGCAUCACAGUAGCCCUGGAGAGGCCCAAGAUUCUGCAAGGAAGCCUGGAAAGACUAUUUCUCACAGUUUCCAACUACAUCUUCACCGCCAUCUUUGUUGCUGAGAUGACUGUCAAGGUGGUGUCGAUGGGUCUUUACCUGGGGGAGACGGCGUAUCUCAGGAGCAGCUGGAACAUUCUGGAUGGCUUCCUGGUCUUUGUGUCCCUGGUUGACAUUGUGGUGUCCAUGGCAGGUGGAGCUAAGAUCUUGGGGGUUCUCAGAGUCCUCCGGUUGCUCAGGACACUACGUCCUCUCAGGGUGAUCAGCAGAGCUCCGGGACUGAAGCUGGUGGUUGAGACUCUGAUUACUUCUCUCAAACCCAUUGGCAACAUUGUGCUCAUAUGCUGCGCCUUUUUUAUCAUCUUUGGCAUUCUGGGUGUCCAGCUCUUCAAAGGCAAGUUCUACUACUGUGUGGGUUUCGAUGUGAAGAACAUCACAAACAAAUCGGACUGCCUAGCUGCUAGUUAUCGAUGGGUCCAUCACAAAUACAACUUUGACAACCUUGGACAGGCCCUGAUGUCGCUCUUUGUGCUGGCGUCAAAAGAUGGCUGGGUCAACAUCAUGUACCAUGGACUGGAUGCUGUGGGAAUUGAUCAGCAGCCGGUGACGAACAAUAAUCCAUGGAUGCUGCUCUACUUCAUCUCCUUCCUCCUGAUAGUCAGCUUCUUUGUCCUCAACAUGUUUGUUGGUGUGGUGGUGGAGAACUUCCACAAGUGCCGGCAGCACCAGGAGGUGGAGGAGGCAAGGCGGCGUGAGGAAAAGCGCCAGCGCCGCAUGGAAAAGAAGAGGAGGAAGGCCCAGAAGCUGCCAUACUAUGCUUCCUAUGGUCGUAUCCGUUUGGCUAUCCAUGCUCUGUGCACCAGUCACUACCUGGACCUAGUCAUCACCUUCAUCAUCUGCAUUAAUGUCAUCACUAUGUCCCUGGAGCAUUACAGCCAGCCACAGUCUUUGGAAACAGCACUGAAGUACUGUAACUACUUUUUCACCUCCACCUUUGUGAUCGAGGCUACUCUGAAGCUAGUAGCCUUUGGCUUUCGCCGCUUCUUCAAAGACAGAUGGAAUCAGCUGGACUUGGCCAUCGUGCUGCUGUCUGUAAUGGGCAUCACCUUGGAGGAGAUUGAGAUAAAUGCCUCACUUCCCAUCAACCCUACAAUAAUCAGGAUCAUGAGGGUGCUCAGGAUAGCAAGAGUGCUGAAAUUGUUGAAAAUGGCAACCGGGAUGAGAGCCCUGCUUGACACAGUGGUCCAGGCUCUGCCUCAGGUGGGAAACCUUGGUCUACUCUUUAUGCUGCUGUUUUUCAUCUAUGCUGCUCUUGGAGUGGAGCUUUUUGGAGAACUAGUGUGCAAUGCUGACUAUCCCUGUGAGGGAAUGAGUCGGCAUGCUACAUUCGAAAACUUUGGGAUGGCUUUCCUAACACUGUUUCAAGUAUCAACCGGAGACAACUGGAAUGGCAUCAUGAAGGACACCCUAAGGGAGUGCCCUCCGGACCGUCCGGGCACUGACUACGGCUGCCACAAUGGACUGCAGUUCAUUUCUCCCAUGUACUUUGUGUCCUUCGUGCUGACCGCCCAGUUCGUGCUGAUAAAUGUGGUAGUUGCCGUUCUCAUGAAGCAUCUCGAUGACUCCAACAAAGAAGCGCAGGAGGACGCGGAGAUGGACGCGGAAAUUGAGCUGGAGCUGGCUCAGGGAGGCCUGUGCUGCAUGAUGGGGGGCAUUGGUGCUAUUGCUGGGGCCACCGGUGGCGCUGCAAGUGGAGCAGCUGUUGCCAGCACGGCGUCAGGUGCCAUUAUGUCAGGGGCAGUCGGGAGUUCGAGUGGCGGAGUGUUGGCGCUGCAUCGAGAUGGGAGUGGAGGAGUCAGUACGGCUCAUGAAGGACACACACACCAUCGAUGUCGGUUGUAUUCUCCUGCUCAGGAGAGCCAGUGGUUGGACAGUGUCUCUCUGCUGAUUAAGGACUCAAUGGAAGGAGACUUGAUAGACAACCUCUCAGGUUCAGUUUUUCACCACUACUGUUCUUCUCCUGUCUGUAAGGACUGCAAGAAUCACCCACAAGAGAUACGGCUGGCAGAGGUGGAGCAGGCAUCGCUGAUGUCAGAGCAGCUGUCAGACAAAUCGUCAUCUCCAGCUUUACCUGAUGACCUCAGCCUGGAUGAACACAGCAGCUACCAGCUGCUGGUCAGUGGCAGUCAGAGGGGCAGCAGUGACUCGCACAGUUCAGAGGACCUGCCUACACAGGGAGGCUACAGGGGGCUUCAUGCUUCCAGCUCAGGAAGUGAGUGCUGUGUCCAAGAGCUGUUUGAGGGGACGAUUCAUCCUCGUUUGAAUCUUCCCUCAGCGGAGCAGCAAAGUCCUGCACACGGCAAAGGUACCAGAGCAAAUGCACCGCUAACACAACUUAAAAGACUGACUCUUCUACGCUGUAAUGCUGUUGUUUCAGAUGACAAUGGUGGAAGUUGCAGUGGGAUUAGUGGGCUGCCUCCACCUAUAUUUCACCUACCUGCAGACUUCUUUCAUCCUGCUGCUGCAGCUCAUUCAGAUAGUCCUGGGGACAGUGUCAGCCCAGGGGACAGAAGGCCGUCCAGGCUGGCCUCUCCAGCUUCCUGGGCCUCCCUCCGUUCACCUGGAGCCAACAGCAGACCUCUCAGCUCUCAGCAUCCAUCCCACAGUGACUCAUCCCUGGCCACAGGUAGUUCAGAGGGCAGCGUCGAGACCACAGUAGAAGAAGGGCUCAGCUUUAGUAUUUCUCCAUCUCAAGACCUGAGUCCACGGAUGUCUCUCCUCGAUCCUAGUCCUUCACGCUCUGUGAACCCACGCGGACAACCCUCGGCUGGCCUGGGUCAGUCUUUGCUAAAAAGACACCGUCCUGCUUUGACCCUCCAAGCUACUAGAAGGCACCAGAGGAGUCAAAGCAGCGAAAGAGCCAGCAUCAACCCCAGCUGCCCCAAACAGGACUCCAUGAACCCCUCAGAUGAGGAGAUUGGAAUGGAAACAGGUAGAGAGGGUUGCCGCCAGGCUCUCAACAGCGAACACUUGUCAGAGACGCUGAACAGCCUCUCGCUGACAUCCCUUCUCUCUCCGAGCACUCUGGUUCCCACAUUGGUGAAGAAAUGUAACAGCACAGGCUCUCUAGACCAGUCUAAUCGAUCUGCCCGGGGUAAAGAUGGCUGCUACUUCUAUGGAAUUGAUGCCCAUGGUUUCUUGUCCAACCCCUGGACAGAGGGAAGGGAGAGAGGUGCUGAGGGAGACAGUCAUUUGACAGGUUUCAGCACCAAAAGCAACAAACAGCCAACAGAUACAACCUCUAGGAAAAAAAGAUGA